AUGUCGCCCGCUCGGGGUGAGAAGAGCCACCAGGUGGCGCCGCUGCAGACGGUUGGCGGGAAGGUCUACCCGGUGCUAGAGGAGGCGGCCGCGUCGCGUUGCCGUGACGACCGCGAGCGAGCGCAGCUGCUCAUGCCAGUGCGACCGGCGCCGCAACCGCCCGUUCCCACGCCGCGCCGCCGCCGCACGCAGGCGCACCCUGGCGGCGAGAAUGAGGACGAGGGGCGGCGGGCGAGGGAGGCCGCACGCGCGGACGCGGCGCGGUCACGCGAGCACGCGAGCCGCCAGCGCGACCUGGUGGUCGACGAACUCCUGCAGACGGAGCGCGCCUACGUGCGUGACCUCCAGACGACCUGCGAGGUAGCGCUGCUGGGCUCGCCGCACGCGGCGCACGACCUCGGCAUCGACCUCCCCGGUCUCUUCGGCAACCUUGAAGACGUCACCAAGGUCGCCGCGCGCCUGCUCUCGCUGCUAGAGGGCGCCGCCGCAAAACCCGCGGACGCGCAGCCGAUCGGGAAAUGCUUCCUCGACGUGGCCGACGACAUGAAGGCCGCGUACGGCGAGUACUGCACUAACUACGAGGGCGCCACCGCGCUACUCGAGCGUUACUACGACGACGAGGACUCGGCGGCGGCGCGGCACCUAGACGGGGUCGUCGCGGCGGUCCGCGCGCGCGACUGCGUCUGCUUCGAUCUCGGCUCGAUCCUCAUCAAGCCCGUGCAGCGCGUGCUCAAAUACCCGCUGCUGCUCAACGCUCUGCUGCGCGCCACGGACGACGCGCACGCGGACCACGCCCGCCUCGCAGCCUCCGUCACCACGGCAACCGACGUCGCCGCGGCGAUCAACGAGAGCAAGCGGCGGUACGAGCUCGUGCAUAAAUAUCGGAAGGAGGGCGGUGGAGAGCGUGGCGGCGCCGGGCUGAUGGCGCGCAUCAGUGUUCACACGCUGCGCAAGAAGUCGGCGCGGCUCACGACGCGUCUCUCGGCCGCGUUCGGACGCACCCCGCUCGCAGACGACGCAGCCGCCGCCGACGCGGAGGCAGGGGGCGCCGGCGGGGAGGCGAUGCGUGAGUUCGCGGCGCGCCACGCCCGCGCGCUUGAGCAGCUCUACGAUCUCUCCUUCCUGCCGAAGGGCUUCGGGCCGCAGGCGAUGGAGCGCGCCGACUCGACGCGCCGCAGUGCCCGCAAGGGGGCGCCACCGCCGGCGGCGAAACUCGUGGAGACGCAGACGGACGCGGAGCGGCAGUACGUGCAGAGCCACUACCCCGCGGAGGACCUGUACGCGGCGCGGCGCGACUACCGGCCCGCCGGCGACCAGCAGUUCCACCUGGCGGUGUCCGAGGGCGACGUCGUUGGCGUCGUCGUGCGCAAGGACCCGAUGGGCAACGACGCAGACUGGUUCGUCGACGCCGGAGGCGCGAAGGGACUCCUCCCGCACGCCCUCCUCACCGCGCUCACGGAGAUCCUCCGCGGAGCCGCCGUCGCAGCGCCACCUAGCUACGACGACGUGCUGGAAGCGGACGCGGCUGUCGCGCCGCCGCCCGCGUACGAAUCACCCGACGACGGCGGCGCCCCCCGGGGGAAGGCGGCGGAGGCGGUGGACGACGGGCGGGAAGAGGAGUGGGAGGAGCAGGCGUUCUGCUACGCACUGUACGGGUUUGAGGCGAUGGGGGAGGACCAGUUAAGCAUGACGAAGCGGCAGGUGCUGAGCAUCGUACGGCGCGCGGACGAGGACGGCAACACUGAGUGGUGGCGGCUGCGCAGCCAGGACGGAGACGAGGGAUUCGUACCGGCUAACUACGUCUGCGAGUACGACCCCGCGAGCGUGUGAUGACCUCCACGUGACCCCGCGAGCGUGUGAUGACCUCCACGUGACCCCGCGAGCGUGUGAUGACCUCCACGUGACCUCGCAAGCGUUUGAUGACCCCGUGUGACCCCACGCCUCAGCGAGCGUGUGACCUCAUGACCCCACGAGUCUGACCUCGUUACACUACAACGUCACGAUCCCCACGUGCAUGUGUGCCAGGGCAUCCUUGCGGAGGAAGCACGGCAGAGAUGGUCGGGAAGACAGGGAAGAAUGGGGAAGAAGCAGGAAAGCUGAGCGCGUACGUGGUUUGUGAUGUGUAGGCAGUCUGACAGUGGUUUUGAUUUUCCUCAGUUUUAUUUAAAGGUUUUGCAGGAUUGUUGAAUAUAGGAAGAGACAUUCGCCUUGUAUCAAUUGUUGUCUCGCUGCCAAAAAUACUCUAUGCCUUGUAUAUGUAUAUAUAAUCAUAUAUGCAUUAUAUAUCAUAUAUGCAUAUAUGCAAUGAUCAUCUAUAAUUAUAUAUAAUUAUCAGUAUUUUACGUAUUAUUGUAUUGUUACCAUAUACCUAGUAUAGCACUAGAAUGACUAGAUGCUCGCAUGUCCAAUAGCAGACUGGCAUGAGGCUUCAACUAUAUGAGACGUAUAUUCAGACUUCGUAUAUUGCUCUCAAUGUAGUCUUGGCAAUAUUUGUCGGAUAAUUAGGACCUCUUGCGAUGCACGCAGUUUAAUUACGAUGGCUGAUUUUGUGCCACAAUAGACGGCAUAACUCGUAUGACUGUUUUGGUCUUCCCUUUCUUGCAAAAGACGCAUCCACCGUGUUUUUACUCUUGUUAUGCUGUGAAUUGGUGGAAAGUCAAUAUAUCUAGUGUUAUAAAGAGCUAAUAUUACAUGUGUUGUCAGUUCUUGGUGUUAUACACCAGACGCUGUCUCCUGGCAAGGGUGUAUGCAAGCAACACACACAAAUGGGUUGCAUUCUUUGGGGGGAAAGAGAGAAUUUAUUUGCAUGUUUGUGUACUUUGCGCGUGUGUGAGUCAGCUCAAUAUACUGCAGCUGUAUUAUUCGUGCAUGUUUGUGUGACGUGAUGCAACAGCAUACUGUGAUAUAAUUGCAACAGUGGGAAAUCAUAUUGACAAUCGUCUUUCUCUGGCUCUCAAUUCUCAAAUGCAUUGUAUAGUUUUGUAUGUGUGAUUUCAACGUGAUCAAACGCCUUGCAUCAUCUGCAUAAUUUCUUCCUUCCGCGAGACAUUGCCAGAUUGUUGUAUUUGUUAAGAUUCUUUCUCAGCAAGUCUUGUCUUAACAAGACAAAUUGUUGUCUCUGCUAGAAUUCUUUCUGUAAAAUGCUAUGCUGAAUUCAUGUUCAUGAAACUGUACUUCCUGAUAUGUAGUCGGGUCGAAGCUAAAUCUAAUUUGUUUAUUACCAUAGAUCAUAUUGGUGUGCAGUCUUUGUAUAAUAAAUGGCAAAGUAAAUAAGGAUAUAGGAAAAAUCAUAAGGCGAAAUAGAGGUGCAAUAAUUCUUAAAUCAAAUAACCUAACUGCCGUGCUAAGCAUAUAUGGUAAUUAUCCCAAACUCGACCCAAAUCUUUUACUGUAUAUAUAGCCAGUGUGCUUGCAUUUGGUACCUUGAACCUCUUGCAUCGGUGUCGAUUUGCUGUGGUGAUGAGGUUGUUAUUUUACAUAGUUUCCACAUAUGGAAAAAAACGAGUUGAUGAGCUGCAGUGGGUGUGUUUAGAGAUUUUAGGUAGAAACGUUAAUCAUGCGGAUAAACACUUGCAAAUAAUUCCGUGAAUAGACUCAUUGAUCAAUUUUUAGCUCAUCUGACAUAUCAGAGUUUAUCAGAAGAAUAGCCGGCUACAGUACACGUCAGUUGAGCGCUGUCGCUCUGCGGCACUUGUCGUUUGAUAUUAUUACGGCUUUUAACUUUAAUAUUAUAAUUAAUAUAAUUAUAAUGAUUUAAUUGUGUGUAACAAUGAGAGGUCAGUUGAAUCACUCAUAAUAAAUGAGCCUCAUUGUAACUAAUUACAGUUUAUCUCUCAUUUAUUUGUAUCUUGUUAUCAUUAAAGGUUAAUAUAGCAAUACAAUGACUAGCCAAUGCCUUGGCGUCACAUGGGGGGGGGUCCCUGCGGGGGGUGCGGAACGCACCGGGUGACACCAUCAGAGGGGGUGAUUUUAAUUUUGCUAGUUGUUUAUGUCACUACUAUUGCCAUCACAUUCAGUGACAUACGGGAAUUACGAUUUACGAGUGACAUUAGUACACAAAACAUUACUAUGGAUUCUGUAUGGUCUGGUACGGGAGGAGGUCCAUGAGUUACCGCGCCGUGGGACACCAACCCUAGUCACGCUGCUGCCUGGCAUGCCUGCAGCAGCCACACAAUAAAGGGUACAGCUUUCAAAAUAUAGCGUUCAAAGAGUUUAGUCCUGAACCAAUAAGACUGGUCAGCAGUGGAACUCUCUGAGACACUUAAGAACUCUUUAAAUUGCAAAUUUGCAACUUGUUCACACUCUAUAUUCUUAUAUACAGGUAUCAUAGGAUGUCCAUGACUGUGAUUCUUCAACAUGAGCUUGCUUUAUGUUUCCCUGACCCACUGAUUACUCUCAAACUAUUUCUAUUCUAAUGCUUCAUUUGUGAAGACCAGAAAGCCACACUAACUGCAUACAAGUUAACACAGAACUAAAAAAAUAAUGUGAGUAUAAAAUUUACUUACUAAUUAACAUUUCAUCACUAAUUAACAUUUCAUCCAUCAAUAUCAUGCACCCUUACACUAUCACAUUCAGUUAAAUAUUAUAAUAUAAAAAUUCUAUACACGUGACACCAUUUUGAAAAAUUAUUUAUGGUGCCCCAAUAUCUUCUAUAUUCCUAUAAUUACAUUUCUCUGCAACUUUGGACAAAUGCGUUGUAUAUUAUAAUUUAUAUCCCUGGUCUUGCUGCUGUUGUUAACAUGCAUUCUAGUGUGAUUUUAGUACAUAAAUAAACAAUACUGGGAGUUAUCCAUCCCACAGUGACUGCAGUGCCAAGCUUCUUGCAAGCAACCUGCAAACCGAUUCGCUGCAAUAUCAACAAAAACAUUUCCGCGGCAUCCCUCGUAAUCAUAUCCAC